AUGCCGGGCUGGCGACCAGCGUGGGCAGGCUGGAGGCGCAGCUGCAGGAGAUGCAAGCGGAGCAGGAGCGGGUCAAGGAGGCGAUCCGCGCGUCCCGCGAGCAGCAGCAGCAGCAGCAGCACUCCUGGCAGGCUGGAUACCAUCACUCCGUGCCAGGUGCCGCGGGCGCGCAGGGUGCCCUCGGUGUCAGGAGUCUUGCGGGACAUGGAGGUCGAGAAGGCACAGGUCAGCGAGGCGAUCAUGCUCAUCCGCGAGCAGCAGGAACACCUCCAGGCCACGCAGCAGCGCCAGCAGCUGGAACUGCAGGAGCUGAUGGCCGCGCUGCGGGAGCGCGGCGGCGCUGCCUCGGCCUUCACCAACGCCCCCGUGGACGAGCCCGUCGCAGCCCCGGCCGACCCGACGGCGGCGCCCAGCCACGGCCACGGCGAGGACCUGCUGGAGCUGCGGGCCGAGGUAGCCGUGCUUGCGAACGCCAUCAACGCGUUGUGCGGCCGCGUGGACGAGCUGUCCGGCCCGCCGGCGCUGCGGCACGGCCCCUCGCUGCAGGGCCAGCUCGGCACGAUCGCCACCGCCGUGGCCGACCUUUCGGAGAGGGUGCAGCGCGGGGCGGCCAGCCACGACGCCGAGGAGGCGCCGGUCGCGGUGGCGGAGCCGCGGGCGCCGGUGACGCCGCCCGCGCCUGGGCACCUGCGGUCGUGGGCCCCGGCCGAGGAGGCGCCCGCCUCCCAUGCCCCGCCGAUGGGGGCCCGGGCGGCGGCGGAGGAGUUCGACGAGGAGCGCCACUCCGAGGCGGUGCGUACCCCUUGCAGCCGCAAGGCCUUGCAGAGGCGGCUCGCAGCGAUGGUCGGCGGCGCCCCCCCGUGCGGCUCCAGCUCGGGCCCGCCGUCCUCGGCUGGCGGCCCCUUCGGCGAGCCGCCGCUGCGGCGGGAGCCGCCGCCGCGGGCGGUGGGCGCCGCAGCUAGCGCCGGCGCGGGCGGCGCCGGGUACGCCGACGGAGUGCAUUCGCUGGCGAGCUCGACCAGGGGAGCUUCGGUUUCCGCGGAGGAGGUGCUCUUCGGCCAGGGCACGGGCAGGAAGGUGCCGAACCCGAUGAGCUGGCUCACGGAGCCUUUAUCGAUCUCCGUGCAGCGCGACAGGGAGACGCCCAUGAGUUUGCUAUCGGAAAGCCGACCUCGUAGCAUUGCCGGGUGA